UAUCGAUUUUUGUUCCUUAUCAAACAUAAAAUACAUAUCUAAAGAUAUUUAAGCAAAACAAAUUUAAAGUUCGUUCUACGUUUUGAAAUAGCAACAAGUGUUUGUUUUUUUUAUUUUGAAGCAAGUUAUCGGAAACGACUCGACGAUUCAUCCAAAGAACCUCGUUCUUCAAUGUCCGACAUACAAACAAGUCUCUGGAUGUUUACAGUUGUUUUGCGAAGAUUUCAGAACAAAUGGAAGUCCUACCGACACAGGUUUGUGCCUUGGGUAGUCUUCAACCUGUCUAAAAAUGAGAAAACACUGCGGAAGGUGACUGAGCGCUCGAAAGAUAAGCUAGUCCCCGAUGAGGAGGUUUCACGGAGCCUGCUGACGCUCUUCAGAGCCCUGUUCAGGAAACAUGGGUUUCAUCAGAGGCAGUUCCAGACUCCAUUUAUGCUGCAGCUAACAAGUGAAGCAGAGCAGGUUGGAGGAGAUCCGGUGUGCGGACAGGAUGCCAUGUUACAGACACUGGGAUUCUGCAUUGAGCGGAAGCCUAGCACUUUAUCCUUCGCAGGAACUGGAGUCUUUGUCACCAAGGGAUUUGUACCCAAAGGAGCAACAGUUGCAAUGUAUCCCGGAACUGUUUACCAACCCUAUGAGCCCAUUCUUCUUCAGUCCAUCAGAAACCCCUUUGUUUUCAGAUGCAUUGAUGGCAUCCUGGUUGAUGGAAAUGACAAAGGCAUCUCUAGGAUGGUGUUCAAGUCGUGCAGUGGAAGAGACAGAAUAGGUCCUUAUUUGAUCAGCGACACAAGCUGGCUGACAGACACUCCCCAUAACCCCCUGGCUGUGGGUCAAUAUGUGAACAACUGCUCCUACGAGAGGCCUGCCAACGUGUGCUACCAGGAGUACGACCUGCCAGACAAGUUUCCCAUUGAGCUCCGCCAGUAUCUCCCCAACGUCAACUACAGCCAGGGUACACAGAGGCGUCUGCGGUGUGUUGUGCUAGUGUCGCUCAGGGACAUUUCAGCAGGGGAGGAACUCUUCUCUAACUACUACACCAUUGUGCAUUAAUAUAGUUUCCAAAAGCCUGCAUCUGUGAAAUUCAAACCAUAUCUCCACUGUAUUUAAUUAAAGAAAAAAAAAGGAAAAAUCCAACCGCUCCCUUUGUACACUGGAACAAAGGCAAAGCUUUUUGUUGUUGGUUGCUUUAACAGAGCAAUUUUGUAACAUUUGUGGAUGAAUAAAGUAUUUGUAAUCUUAUUUGACAUGUGUACCACAACCUUUUCAUUGUUGAUAAGACAGUAAUUUCAC